UUACCCUCCCCGUCCAGUCAGGAGUCCCCACUGUGAACUCUGCCUCCGUGGUCUGUCAUGUUUCUGUCUCCAGUGCCGCCGUCCCGAAUGUGGACCUCUCUGCUCACCUCGUCCCUCGUCUCCUCCUCCGGUCCCUCCUGUGUUUCACCAUCGGAGAGUCUGCACAAAGCACGGUUCUCAGCCCCGGCCGCUGGUUCAACAGCCUUUAAUGCCUUCUCGGUUCUGUGCAUAGAAAGUCUGAAUCAGAGCUGCUCAAAUCACAGCCCUUGGUCUGGGGACAGUCCACCAGAUAGCUGUUACCUGCCUGCAGUGAAAGCACUCCAGGAACUGAGUGUCCAGAAACUUCCAUGGCCUUUCAACAGGACAUGGAAGGACUUUGAUGAAACAUAAAUGGUUCAACAAAAGAUGCUCUAAUGGAUGACAGCGAAACUCCUACAUAUAAUCUGCAGAUAGAACCACAAGAUGGGUAUCAUCCUGGUGACGGCGUGGGAAGUACAGUAACACGCUUAGCUUCUGCAUCGGAUGAAAAUGAAAAUCAGCUUGACGGGGACGGGCAGGAGCGUCUGAGCCCGGGUGCCAGUGCAAUGGGCAGACCUGCCGUGUGCGAGCAGGACAGUCUCAACAAUAAUGAGAGCUGCACCCCCAGCUGUGAGGUGGCAGUGUGUGAGAACCUGGGGGACACUUCCUAUGAAAGCCCCAAGGACGGGCAGGCCUCCGUGGGAAAGGACAAAAAAAUACCUGGAAAAAGAAGCUCCAGAACCAAAAGAGGCACCACUAAGAAGAUAGCACAAGGACUUUCUUCAGGAGACACCACACCUUUAAUGCACGAAAACGUGCUGAGUGCAUCCACGCAUGCUGUUAGUGACGAUGAGUCUGCAGAAGUAAAUGCUAAUGAUCCAGCAGAAGCCCCGAAGCUAGUUCUUCAGUAUCUGUUCUCACUUAUCCGAGGUGAAGUUGAGCAGGUGGAUUCAAGAGCACUUCCCCUUUGCCUUCACCAGAUAGCAGAGUCCUAUUUCCAGGAGGAAGACUAUGAGAAAGCAAUGAAGUUCAUUCAGCUUGAACGACUGUAUCAUGAGAAAUUGCUCGCAAACCUCUCUGCCAUUCAAGAAGAGUGGGAAACAAAAUGGAAAACUGUACAGCCACAUACAAUUACAUCUGUAAGGAAUUCAGAAAAAGGAUUUAAUGGUGAAGAUUUUGAACGGCUUACUAAAUUUUGCACAACACAUCAAGAUCCUGUUUUGUCCAAACAUAAGAUAGCAGCCGUAGAAAAGCCUCUGGGAAGGAAAUGCUUUACGCCAUUAAUAGUUUCUGAAGAUCCAAAUGAAAGAGGAACCACAGCCAAAGAGCCGGAGAGCGAAACUUGUCUUGGCAGGGAGCCCAGGAGAGCAAGCCCGGAGAGCGGCGGCUGCUGUAAUCAGAUGGACAGGCAGGCCGAUGCCUGGAGCCUUCUGGUAACUGCAGGCAAGGACCACACGGCGGCGGAGCCGCUCUGCCGCGCCCAGGCCGCCCUGGAGCUGCGCGCCCAGCCCCUGGGGGCGGCCGGGAGCAGGUCUGAGGAAGCCCGCCAGGGUGACAGCCGCCUGCAGCCGGCUCAGACGGUCGCCUGCCGAGAUGCGGCCAAAAUAGAAGGCCCCGCCGCGGACCCCGGAGCGUCGCUUCCCAGCGAGUCAAUGAUCGAGCCCUCGGUCUUCCCAGGCUCUGACCUCACACCACCUGCGUUGAGUUCCGAGGGAAGGUAUUCACAGACUCAGAGAAAGGAGCUCCGUUUGCCACUUAAGGAUGCUUCUGAGGCGUUGCCCACGGACCGGCUGGAAAACAGUGAAUUAGAUGAGCCGCAGCAACCUGAUCUCACAGACAGCGAUGGAAAAUCCCCACAGGGGCCGGCCGGCUCAGAGCGCUCCCAGAGUGUACUUGGUGAGAGCACUGGGGUAUCUGACUUAAGCGCAGGGCGUCCAGAGGGAGGGGGGGCUGCCGACGACCGAGUCAGCAAAGAAACCGAAGACUAUUUGAACAGCCUCCUACAAGGAUGCUUGGAAGAUACCGAAGACGCCCUGUCGUGUGAAGACCAAGAGGAAGACUCGGACCUCCUUCCAGAUCUUUCUCCUGAGGAAGCCUCCUACAGCCUGCAGGAGAAUCUGCCUUCUGACGAGAGCUGUCUUUCCCUUGAUGAUCUCGCAAAGAGGAUAGAGAUUGCAGAGGUUGUUCCUGCGGAAGGACUGGUCUCUAUAUUAAAGAAGAGGAAUGAUAGUGUAGGAGGCCGUCCCGCCCAGAUGCAGCAGAAACCGUCGAAACGAAGAGUGAGGUUCCAGGAAAUAGACGAUGGCUUAGAUCAAGAUGAAGUUGGAGGUGGUUCCUGUAUUUUACUGGUCUUGCUGUGCAUAGCAACGGUUUUCCUUAGUGUCGGAGGAACUGCGUUAUACUGCACUUUUGGUGACAGGGAGUCACCCGUUUGUACGGACUUUGCAGACAACAUGGACUUCUAUUACACUAAGUUCCUGCAGGGAAUGGCGGAACUUAAACACUGGAUCUACCUCUCCUAGCAGCACUCCAGAGGCACGGGCGUGCUGGCAGUGAGAAUCAAAGAGCGAACCUUUCUAAGCAGCUUUUAUUUUAGGAGUUCUGUAACACGCGUCCCCUUCCCCCAGCGAGGAACCCUGGACAUCAGCAGCAGCAGCUUUAAAUGGCAACACAGAGGGACUCUCAGAAUAAUCUGCAUACUGAGCAGAUGUCGGUCUGAGCAUUGUGGAUGGAAGGAAUGGCCUUUGGAGAGCAUGUGCCCUCCUCCAUGCCGCUCCCUAGUGUGGUGAACUACACUGAGCAGAAUUAAAAGGGCCGUGUUGGAGCCCCACCAUUUUUAGCUGCCUUGUUCAAGCUAAUGGUUAUGACCAAGGACGCUUUUGGUUUACAUUUGUUGGUCCAAAGACAUUGCUUCCAGCCGUCACGCAAUAAGUUUGUGUAUAAUCAAGAGGAGUUACCUUACAGCUUCAUUGUCUUUUUUUUGGUUAACCUUGGGCGCUGUGUAAUCUAGGCUUUGUGCGUUAAUGCCACAUUCCGUUCUCCAUUUGCGAAAUGAUUGUGUGCGUGCGUGUGUGCACACGUGGGUGCGUGCAUGUGUGGUUCAGACAGUUAUCACAAGCAAAUACCCAGCACAGACUCACAAAGGUUAUCUUGACUUUAACCUGACCAUAGAUGUGCAGGCGCAGAUACAAGGCAUAACUGUGGAACAGAUGAAUUGUAGAAAUCUUGGCCUUGAAAUUAGAAACCGUGACCAAUAGGUGACAGUUAAUUUGAUUAACUAGCCAAAAAUUAAUCACAGGCCUGGAGGUAAAGAGUUAAAACUAAAGAACUCCUGCCGAGUGUCAGGCACCCAGCUUCAUCAUGGAUUCACUGCUUCCUGAAGUAUGAUGAAUACUGGACUCCGUUCUCAGUAGGUGAGCACCUACCAUUACGUUCUGAGGAUCUAAGAACCAGAAUAGAGAUAAAGGAGAUAUUAAUUCCUGCUCUAGAUGCUUCAAUUCUGGUCACAUGUAGAAUAAACUGACACCUUGGCAAAUGAAAUUAAAUUAUGAUACAUAAUUCAGUAUUAACAAAUCCCGCAGUCAGGUGUUUGAAUGUGCAUUCAUAUCAUGGGCUUGAUUUAGACCCGGUUAUGGGGUCAUUAAGCGAAAAUCCAAUCAAUCCUAUCUUAAAUAACUAAGUGUCUGAUUUUUGUUUAAGUCCGUCAGUUUGGUGGCAUUUCCUUUUGUAAGGUACAGCGGUCUAACAUUUAGAAAGUCUUGCUUUGGCUUUUUAUAUCCUAGGCAGCAUUUGAACAGAAACAAAACACAUGAAUUAUAGUUUUUUAGCAAGUGAUCAUUAUUUCUUGUUUAUUUGUUAGGAUCGUUUGAAAGAAAAAGGGAGAAAUUACUUUCUAGUUGUUACUGGCUGGUACAGUACCUCCCUUGGUAUUUCUGCUAAUUUAUUUAGAUUAUAUGAAUUUUAAAGGGCUUUUUAUAUGAGUUGGAAGUGUGUUGUUGAGCAUGCAUUCAGUUUUCCAAUGCUAGAUAUUUAAUUGCUAUGUACUUAGUGUUUUGAUUUUCUAUCCUUUCAGUUCAGUGUAUUUUUAGGACUGUUAAUUUUUAAAUUGAUGUUUUAUUUUCACUUAAUAAUGCUGUUGGACUUGUCUCUAUCAUGUCGCCAUAAACUGUAAUAUUUUCAAGGAUUAUAGAUCAAAGAUAUUUAUUUAGAAGUGUACAUGAUACUGAAAUUUAGAUUCGUUAUACCUAAGGCUGAUUUUAUUAGAAGAUUAUUUUAAUGUUCUAUUAUAGAUUUUAAGAAUUUGUAUUCAGAUUGUAUGUAAAAUAUGUAAAAUGUCGAUGGUACUGUCUUUCGUGGUUCUACAAGAGACAUUCACAAAGUCUACUGUGAAGGGCAUCCCAUCAUAGACAAACCUCUUCUGUUUAACCCUCAUGAUUUCUACUUACAGGAAUUCAGUGAUGGUGAUUUCUGCCAGUUUUAUGUCAAGAUAAGUCAGAAUUUCCCUCCUCUUCACCUCUGUUAGGUCACUGUCGACGUCCUAAAUAAUCCGCAGUGUCAUAUUUGCCUAAAGGCCACCAGGGCCACUGUAAGACCCCCGUCAGGGUCUUACACUGGUCUCACAGGGAGGUGCAAAGACGGAGACAGUACCCAGUUCUAGAGAAACCAUGGGUGUCCUCGCCGCUUCCUGGGAGUCUGGGGGUGAGGUGAGCCCAGGAGCAUCCUGAUGUCUUGACUUAAAAUAAGCACGAAAUCUCAACUAGAGAAAUUAGGGCAACUUUGAAAAAUGUAGCAGUCAUUUAUUGCAUGAAUUGGACGAAGUCCACCUGGUGACGAGAAACCUGCGGUCUCACGCGUGAAAAAUUCAUUCCAGUUUUACUCUAAUGUGAUUUUUUCUGUCAUUGGCAAGUGCUGACAACCAUUUGUAACUAAUCUUCCUUAAAGACUGUGUUUGAGGGUAACAGAUCAAGCUUGUAAUUUAAAAUUACACCAACAGAGUGUCUCAGAGAGUUUAUUUGAACCCCGGGGUGCUGAGAAAAACAGCUUUAAUGUGACAAUAAAACGCUUUGAGAAAUUGG